AUGUGCUGGACCUCAUGGCGUAGUCAGAGCUCCUCACUCCCACAGACGUCUCUUGCUGCCCUCUGCAACAAGAGGCUGCUGCAGGAGCACAACAUGGAGGCGUCUCAGCUUGGAGCAGAAGGGGACGGUGAGAUGACCGUUCUGUUGGCGCCCAGUCCCCAGAGCGAGGCCAUGACCUACGAGAUGGAGGAGCUGUCCCUGCAGCCACUGCCUCCACUCAACGAACGCAAGAACGUUCUCCAGUUGCGGCUUCAGCAGCGGCGGACCCGAGAACAGCUGGUGGACCAGGGCAUUAUGCCACCUCUGAAGAGUCCAGCCACGUUCCAUGGGCAGAUCCGCAGUUUGGAGAGAGCCAGGACGGAGAACUUUCUGAAGCACAAAAUCCGCAGUCGUCCGGAGAGGGCUGAGCUGGUCAGAAUGCACAUCCUUCAAGAAACUGGAGCGGAGCCAUCCUUACAGGCCACCCAGAUGAAACUGAAGCGCGCCCGUCUGGCUGACGACCUGAAUGAGAAGAUCGCCCAGAGACCGGGGCCCAUGGAGCUGGUGGAGAAAAACAUCUUGCCCGUGGACUCCACGCUCAAGCAGGCUAUCAUCGUUGGACAGGUGAACUAUCCCAAAGUGCUGGAUGAGGACAGCUGUGACGCCCUGUCCCCUGAGCGACCUGCAAGCCAGGAGUCCCCCGGGGACGGCCGAGUUCAGGAGACCCCAGCAGCACCACAGUUCCUGCCCGUUGUUGUCCAGUCUGUUCCUGUGACCACUCCAACAACAACUGGCUUCGUCAAAGUGCUCUCCACCUCUGAACACUCUCCUUCAGCUCUCACUCAGCCUCAGCCAGCCACAAUCAGCCCGCCCCCCAAACCAGGACCGACCCUCAUCAAACAAAGCCAACAGAAAUCUGGUGCAGACAAAAGCCGCAGCAAGAAAAGCAAAGAGGCAAAGUCACGCAUGAAGAAGCUUAAGUACCAUCAGUACGUGCCCCCAGACCAGAAGCAGGACUCCACGGAGGCUCACAUGGACUCCUCCUAUGCACGGCUCCUGCAGCAACAGCAGCUCUUCCUUCAGCUGCAGAUCCUGAGCCAGCAGCAGCAGCACUACAACUACCAGACCAUCCUGCCUGCGCCACUCAAGCCCGUGACGGAGGGUCAUGGCGGCACAAAUGGCCUGCCCACUUCCAUUGUGGUGUCCCUACCCACUGCCCCCCCUGCUUCUCCGCUGCCCGGCAACAGGCCGCUCAACACACUGAGCAGCCGCCGGCCUGGAGUGCUGCCCACCAAUCUGGAGGAGAUGAAGGUGGCUGAGCUGAAGCUGGAGCUGAAGCUGCGUGGCCUGCCGGUCUCUGGCACAAAGACUGACCUCAUGGAGCGCCUCAAACCCUUCCAAGACCCUAUCUCCUCUGUGCCCAUGGAAGUUGCCUCUACCACCCCAGCAAUAGUCCUGCCCUACACACAGAGGGCCCUGCGUACCCCUACCCCGCCAGUUUCCCCGCAGUCACAAGAUGGGGGCCUGUGUGAGCAAGUCCCCCCCGAAAAGGACCGGCAGCUACAUGAGAAGCAGCGACAGAUCGAGGAGCUGAUGAAAAAGCUGGAGCAAGAACAGAGGCUGGUGGAGGAGCUCAAGUUGCAGCUGGAGGUGGAGAAGACUGUGACGAGCUCUGAAAUCAAACCAGAAGUCGACAUGUUCUCCAACUGCAACACAAUCCUAAACACCAUCCAAAAAGUAUACGCUGCUCCCAGCGCUGGUAAAUAUGAAGACAGCCUGUCCAAUUGCUUAUCCAGCACCAGCUCCUUAUUAGGCUCCGUUCCUGCUCCCACUGUGGUCAAACUAGAAGACGUGACUGUGUCGUCCUCCAAACCCCUCCAAAUGCAGAGCCCCACACAGCUGCUGAAGCAGACGCCCCCCCACAAGGCUGCACGCACGAGCCCAACGCCUCCCCAGCCGCCUUUGCACAAGGGCCCCGGGCUGCAGCAGUUCUUCAUCAGUCAUGCAGGAGGGGUGUCUCAGGUGCUGGGGCAGCCGCAGAUCCUCGUGCCUGUGUCUUUGCCCAACAACACCAUUCAACUGCCACACUCUAUGGUCAGUCUGCAGUCUUCUUCUGGACAGUCCACAUUCAUCUUGCAGCCCGCCCCCCUGCUCCCUCAGCCCAAGAACGAGCCGCCACGCUACGAGGACGCCGUCAAACAGAGCCGCUGCCUGCUGUCCAACACCCCCUCCCAGGUGUCUACAACAACAAGCCAGCAAAUGGAUGAUUUGUUCGACAUCCUCAUUGAGAGUGGAGAAAUGGCUCCUUUCCCUCAGCAGGAGGCCCCAGUCUGUGUGAACAAGACUCAGCCCGUCACGGCUCACAUCAGCACUCUGCCGGUGAACACAGUCCUGUGUAGGCCUCCCCUUCAGGUGCAGCUGGCCCCUUCCGCAGGCCUGGGACCUGCUCCUCCUCGCUCCUGUCUGAGCUCGGAGCAGCAGCUGGAGGCUUUGUUGGAGGGCACAUUGGUGGACAGCUCUCCAGCAGACGUGCGAACACGGGGGCUGAUUGAGGAGCUGCAGGCUCAGCUCAUGGAGCAGCAAUCCUACUCUCCAAUGGACACAUCUGAGCUGUCUUUCUCCUCCUCGCCACCCUCCUCCUUAGACAUGGGUCUGUCUGACCCGACCCUUGACAACAUGGAGUGGCUGGACCUCACUAUGCCCCCUGGCCCAGGGCCUCUCACUCCCCUCAGUAUCCCAUCAGACUUCCUGGAUUCUCACGAUCUGCAGCUACACUGGGACUGA